UCCAGCGAGAUGCCCCAAAUUCCGGAGUACAUCCGGGCGACGUCGAUGGUGUUCUGUAUCAUUAUCAUGUGCCUCGGCGUUAUCGGCAACGUUAUGGUCCCGAUCGUGAUACUCAAGACGAAGGAUAUGCGCAACUCGACCAACAUCUUCCUCACCAACCUCAGCAUCGCCGAUCUGCUCGUGCUGCUCGUCUGCACGCCGACCGUGCUGGUCGAGGUCAACUCUCCGCCGGAGGUCUGGGUGCUCGGCGAGGAAAUGUGCAAGGCAGUACCGUUCGUGGAGCUGACGGUGGCGCACGCGAGCGUCCUGACGAUUCUGGCCAUCUCCUUCGAGCGUUACUACGCGAUCUGCGAACCGCUGAAGGCGGGCUACGUGUGCACGAAGGCGCGCGCCCUGCUGAUCUGUCUCGCGGCCUGGACGGUGGCGGCCAUCCUCACAAGUCCAAUCGUGUUCUUCGCCGAGUACAGCGUGCAGCCGUAUCUGGACGGCAGCCGGGCGGCCAUGUGUCUGACGAAGGCGUCCAAUGGCUGGACGUUCACCUUUUUCCUGAUGACGAUCUCGCUGUUCUUCGUGCUACCACUGGCCAUCCUGAUCGUGCUGUACGCAAUCAUCGCCCGCAAUUUGAUCGCGAGCGAUCGGUCACGGCUGAAGAUCCGCCUAAGUAAGCCCGAGCUGAGCCACAAGGCACGCAAGCAGGUGGUGCUGAUGCUGGGAGCCGUCGUGCUGGCGUUCUUCACCUGCCUGCUGCCGUUCCGUGUGCUGACCCUCUGGAUCAUCAUCGUGCCGGAGGAAACGUUCCAGCAGCUCGCCCCGGAACGAUACUACGUCCUGCUGUACUUCAGUCGCAUCAUGCUCUACCUCAACUCGGCCGUCAAUCCGAUCCUGUACAACCUGAUGUCGUCCAAGUUUCGCAAGGGCUUCCUGAAGCUCUGCACCUGUGUCCACUGGUCGCGCAGAGGAUACGCUGCCCGCAAGGGCCGCAACCGUUCGGCAACCUUCACGACGACCACGACGACAACCACCAGCAACAGCACGGGUGUGGGCACGACGAGUGUCACGUUCGGGGGACCCUUCACCGGGUUGGAGGUCCGAUCGAACGGUGGCCAUUGCUGUGCAUCCCUAGACAACGCAAUGGCUCGGAAGGGUUCCCGAAAGCUCACAUUAUCGCUGGACGAUUUGCACCAGCGGCUGGCGGAUCGUGACCCGUCGUCGCCGGCUUCGUUCUAUCAGAUCAAUCUGAUACGCCAGCACUCCAGCCCGGGCCUGUCACUGGACCCAAUUAGUGCCGUCCUAACGCCGGCCUCCUUCCAACCGCGGACCACGCUGAAGCGUCAGCUCAACGUUACCUUCGACGAAGGAACCACAGCCACGGCGGCCAACGACGAACCGUCGGCCCUGGCCAACGGAGCGGCAGCCGAAGCCGAGCGUCUUCUGCUACACAUCGACACCGCCCGGAACCCUAAUCCACUGAAAUUGAAACUUCCCCGCUUCGGACAUCGACGAGCGGGCCUUCGUCCGGCCGGUGGAGCGGCGGCCACCCUCCAGCAGCUGUCGCUGGACGAAAGUUUGCUGACGGCGGCCAUUGCUGGGCGCAAAGUUUGA